UUCACUGAAAACUUUUGUCAAUUCAGAACAAAUUAGGCUCGCUAAAUACAUGAUUGUAAUUUCCCUUUGUGAAUAAAACAUCACCAAAAUGAUCUACAAAGAAAGCACUGUCAAUGCAGUCUAGGAAUAAAUAAAAGUGUGUCCAGUUUGCAAGCAAACUAAUAAUGAAAUGAUCUGAAAAUAAACUGAUGAUGAAAUCAAACCUCUCCUCUUCCUGCUGGAGGACCCCCAUGGGACCACUGGCCUUGUAUUUUUUUGACCAAUCGGCUCGUUGGAAGAAAAAAAUACGAGAACAGGCUACAACGGAGGAGCGCGCAUCGCGCAGGGUUGCGCACAGAGAAGACAUAGCUGCGACACUGGCGAGGCGAAGACGCGAGGACGGCCGAGAAGAUGCAGUGAAGGAGCCUCAAUUUCCCAGCUAAUUUACAGCCUGGCGUCAGGGCAGCUAUAGUCAAAUAACGUCGAAAAUGAGUGUGAUCAAAGCUGGGCACGACGGCAGGGUGGAGGGUGGCAGAGGCAGCCACACCGACAACGGCGGCGGCUCCCCGAGGCUCCAGCAGUGCGCUCAGCCUCCCAACAGCAGCAGCAGCCGGACUAAAGAUGCCAGAUACCAGCAGCAGCUCCAGCAGCAGAGGCAUCAUGGUGGGUCGUUGCUGAAACAGCCAUCCCACAACGAGCCAGCCGACGUCGUGAGACGGGCGCUGGACUUCAAGAGCCAAGGCACCCAGUGCUACAAGGAUAAGAAGUACCGAGAGGCGAUUGGCAAGUAUCACCGCGCUCUGCUGGAGAUUAAGGGGCUGUGCAGGGUGCUGGGGGAUCCGGACACCAGCUCCAAGCCCCCGUCCCCCCUCCUGCCGACCAUCAGCAAGUCCACCCUGACAGAUGAGCAGAAGGGGGCCAUGGAGAAUGCAGAGCUGGAGUGUUACAACAGCUUGGCCGCCUGCCUGUUGCAAAUGGAGCUGGUAAACUAUGAACGAGUGAAGGAAUACUGUCUGAAAGUGCUUCACAAGGAAGGAAAGAACUUCAAAGCUCUGUACCGAUCCGGUGUGGCCUAUUACCACCUAGGAGACUUCCAGAAGGCCCUGUACUACCUGAAGGAGUCACACAAACAGGAACCAUCAGACACCAAUGUCAUCCGCUACAUCCAGCUGACAGAGAUGAAGAUCCGCCGGAAUGCCCAAAGGGACAAGAAAGAGGCGACAUAAGCACUCACUGUCUGGUGACUUCUCAUCCGUCAUAAAUUUCAGCCCUACUGUGUGCCACCCAGACCUUACACACCAUGAGUCACAGAGGUCUUGGUGUGAAACGAUAUUUGUUUACUUUUGCCUUGCACAGCAUCCGGUUGCCAGUUAUGUGAUUGAACUUCAUCAUUGUGUGCUUGAAGCAUUUAUUUUGAAAAGUUGUACCAGAUACUGAGUUUCUUUCUCCAAACCACCAAAUUUAUCUAUAAUGACUCCAUCCCAAGUAUUUUUGAACCAUUACAAACUGAUGCACUGCCAGUCCAAACAUUGCACAUACAGGCCAACACUUGUGAUAGACAGGAGCAAUGAGGUCCAUAGAGUGAAUCCAGCAUGUCUGCAGGGGAGCGUAACUGGAAUUUAGCAUGUGCCCUCGCACAAGAUGUCUUUUGAAUGGCAUGGAGUAAAUGAGUAACAACCACCUACACUUCUGUCACCAUACUUUGAUAGUACAACAAAAGAUCAAGAUUUUUUUAUACUCUUGAUUAUAUCUGUAGUUUAAGUAGAGGCGCUUUCACUAAGUAGGUUUCUAACUCAAAAUGCUAGGCAAGGACAUCAAGAGCACAUGGUUGCUAAUUGCAGUAUGAAUUUAAGAGACAUAUCACAAAAUGUAAAUAUGCUACUUUAUAGAAAUCACAAAGAAUAUAAUGGAGAGGUGAGCUAUUUGUGUUGAUUAAUGCCAAAACAAAGCACUUCAUUCACAGCAUUUUCUGUAUCAACAAAUACUGUGUGUUUACUGUAAAGGUAUGCGUGUAAUAAAUGUGUCUAUUGAUUGAAGUACUUUUUUGUUUUGCUGCAGCAGUGGAUUUCCCUUUAAUUUUUUAAUUUUCCUACUAUGUUACUCAUAAGCUAAAACAGAUCUAUGGAAUGAAAUGCUGAUGAAAGCAUAUGUUUAAAUAAAUAAGUGAACCAAA